CGGCAGCAGCAAUUACGUUCCCAAUCGGAUUAGGGCAAAUCUCCACGUAAGCGGUAAAGCUGGUGGAUUAUCGUAGAUGCACGAUCGCCCCGGCGUGACUCGUCGGGGGCUGCAUCGUAAAAACAAGCAGUAAAACCUCUUUCCUGUGCGGCGGCUGGCUAAGACUCUUCUUCCGUACUCCCAGUUAUUAUUAUUCUCCAGGAAUGGAUGGAGGGGAGACCUCUCUAUCUUGCUGUGCCUCACUCAGGCUCUCAUAACUCCUCACUGUUGCUGAAGGAGGAGCCUCGGGGGUUAGGGAGGGUCUUUAAUGGGGCUCUGAGAGAGGGAUGGUGUAGGAAGCGAACACUCAUACACAGACACACACACAGACAUACACAGUGACACAUGGUGUAAAGGGUGGUGGGAGAGCGGGCGAGAAGUUGUCACGACGGGAGUUGGGCGGCAACUGAGUGUGGGGUGCGCGCGCAAGCGGUGGGUUCCGUGUUCCUCCGCCCCUCACUGAUAUUAUCUCAGUUAGCGCCUCCUUCUGUUGUCGUGUUAGGCUGAAGUUGCUCCCUGCGCAGCCUCACUCACAUGGCUUCCUAUGACAAGAGUUAGCCACCGCUCAUAAGGUUGCUAUCAUCACCAAAAAGCAGGAGAGGACGGUGGGUUAAACUGCGGGCCCGAGCUACUGCGUCUGCGCAUGCAUGGGGCCCCCCUAAUCUAGGAUUAUGGAGGCUUAUCUAAACUCGCUGUUUAUAAAGUAUGUUUUUGGUAGGAAAUUAGCUAGUCGUGGAUGGCACGACGGGGGUGACGCAGCGUCGGUGUUGGUGCUCUGAGGGAGGAACUGACCAGUGGCAGGAAGGUUGCUCGUGGCGGGUGUAAGGCGGCUCAAGGCUUAGCACGUGGCAUUCAGUGACUUUAAUCGGUGGCAGGCCAGGAAGCAGUGUGUGGCCGUGGCUGGCAGCGACCAUGUGUGCCUCCACCCGCGGUGUUCCCUAGUGCCUCCUCCACUCUCCCAGUGCUCGGGGAAGCCACCUUCAGCGCUCCCCCCGUCGCUACCUGCCGCGCCAUCCCGCCUUUCUCUCUUGUAAGUUUCUGCUGUAGCGUGUGUGUGCGGGAAAGACCACUGGGCCACCGGUGGGAGGUGCCGGGGGCUGGACCAUCUCGUGUCCCGCCGGGAGGUGCCGGGGGCUGGAUCACCUCGUGUCCCGCCGGGGGCUGGAUCAUAUCGUGUCCCACCGAGGGCUAGACCAUCUCGUGUCCCGCCGGGGACUGGACCAUCUCGUAUCCUGGUGUCGAGAGCUGGUCCACCUCGUGUCCCGCUGGGAAGUGCCGGGGGCUGGACCACCUCGUGUCCCGCCGGGAGGUGCCGGGGGCUGGACCACCUCGUGUCCCGCCUCAGCCUUGCACCUGCUGAACUCAGCGAUGGACUUUCAGAGCGCCAUGGAAACGUUCGCAGAAGCGUGGAUGGCGGCCAACACCAAGUCUCGUCCAGAUUCUUCCGACCAGCAGCGAGAAGGGAGCGCCGAGCGGACCAACGGGCGAUCAGAAGACGUGGCGCCCAGGGAACAGUCUGCCCACCUGACCAAUGGGGACUCUCCUAACAGACAGUCUCCCGUCCUAUUGGCCAGGGAUCCAGAGGGCAGCCCCAAGCCCCUCUCUGUGGGUGAGUACAACCAUAAGUGUGAUAAAUGGUCUAGAAAAUCGGAAAAUCGACAAACAUAUAUGUAA